AUGAUCAAAGAUGGUUUAAUGCCUAAGACGGCGAUAUUUCUACAUGAAACAAGUUCAUCCAUUGCAAAACAAACACAGCAAAAAUGGUUGCAUAACAAAUAUCCAGAGUAUUUUUUCAAAUCACAAGCAAUGGUGACCGAAAAUGGAAAAUAUUACGAUCGGGUGACUAUUCGGACAGCAGCAUAUGGACAACAGCUGACUGUUUAUUUUGAUAUUACACAAUGCUUUCAAUAUCCUCUUUCGGAUUUGAUGUGCAUGUUUAAAAAACAACAAGAAUCUGAUUCAAAAUGA